GAGGAAGCAGAUAAUGUUGAGGAGCUGGAGCUUGGCAUUGUCGAGACGUAUACCAUUUUGUGGAAGAUUUUGCGGCUCAAGCCGAUGAUUUGGAUGGUAUUUGUUCUGCUGACCGGAAAGUUCGCUUUUGCGGCAACGGAUGGCAUUACGGGUUUAAAAUUGAUUGGCAUGGGAAUGCCGAAGGAUAAGCUUUCCAGUAUGGCCAUAUUUCUCACACCGCUACAAGUCAGUGCUUUUUUUUGA